UUGACUGCAUGGCUUCUAUCUGAUCACCCGAUUAAUUAAUGUGCUUUGGAUUUUUCCGGGUUGGAAUUUCAAUCAGUGUUUUACGAUCCUGUUAUUCUUAUCCACGAAAUUAUUCCAUAAAUCUAUGCCUUAACGUUCGGGCAGUCUUGUGUUUGAGUGAAUCUGAGUCCUUGAUGAUUUUUCAUCGGUUUUUGAAUCGAGGAAGUCCGACGCGUUGAUCGCAGGGUUUUUAGCGUUGGUCGCGUUGUUGUCGGUGUGGGUGGAUUGGUUACGGAUGGGCUUAGCUGGAAAUAGAUGGAGAUUUAUCUUCCCGUGACAGUGGUUGAGCGAUAACGACGGCGCUGGAAUGCUGGAGCGACGGUUGGAGGCCGCGAGCCGCGGCGGCUGCGCGACGCGCUAGACGGCUAUUAAUUGUGCUGCAGCAACGAAAAUUGAGAAAAUCCGAAAAUGACGGAAAAACUCUUGCUGUUUAACUGGCUUACCUUCCGCUUGAUCCUGCCCUUCACGCUGCUGGCAGCGUCCAUCUUCCGCUUCAAUCUCUUCAGUCUGAUUUAUGGACUAUUUUUCCUCCUGACGCCGCUGGCACGUUCGCCCAAUGCAUACACGAUCAGACGACACACGGGAGCCCUGAUCUGGGCGCUGACGGCCGUAUCCGGGCUGUUUAUGCUGGCGCAGAUUGGCUUCCAGAUCGCGUUGGCCGUGCGCAAGCCCUACGGCCACGAAUUCCCCAACUGUUCUUUGAAUGAGAAUAUCACGCGGCAGGUUGGACUGUACCGACUGGACAGCGCGCGGUUCAACCACGUGGUGCGGCUGGUCCUCCCGGACGUGGUGGUCUUCCUCAUCGCCGUGGUGCUGGCCGUGCUGGCCUACCGCGUGCAGAGCGCCAAUGCCGACGCUCCGUCCAACGCCGACGAGAAUCUGCGGCCGCACCGCGAAGCCCGCCCCGGACUGUUGCGGCUCUGCACGGAGCUGGUCAUCCUCAUCUUCGUCCUGGCCGCCGGGAUUAUCUCGCCCUCCCUCAUCUCCUCCUUAUACUUCCUCUGUUUCCUGUUUAUGGGGACGUUCUGGGCGUGUCUGGGCAAUGCGGAGAAAUUAUUCGUGAAAUAUGUCAGAUACGGACUGCUGCUGUUCUGCGCCGCGCAUCUCGCCGUGUUCUUCAUCUACCAGAUGGACUAUAUUCAGGAUGUGCUGGAUAAGGACUCUUUCCCAUCACGGUUGGUGGGGCUGCUGGCGUUGAUCCGCGUGGACUGCGGGGAGCCGCGCGAUCUGCGCUACCAUUCCACGCAGUGGUAUAAAUUCGUCAAUCCCGCGAUCCUCAUCGUCCUGUACUACCUCCUGGCCUCGCACAUCCGCCAGUGGAAAGGCUACUCGGGGUUGUAUGCAUUGCAGCGCAUCCGGAAUCCCUUCACGCAGUACCGGGUAAGAUCGCGGCUGGUGCGGAGUGCGUCCUCCUCGGGGGGCGGUGGCGGGGGUGUCAGUGGCGUGGAGAGUGUCAUUGUCGCUAAUCCGCGUCCAGACCCCACGGGGGCCCGGCUGCCCCCUCAUACCUUUUCCAUCUGGGCGGCUGAGGAUAUUCCUCUCCUGCAUCCGGCGGCGGGCCGGCCGGUGUCCUUCAACGCGGCCCGCGAGGCGGUGACCAUCGAGGCGUUGCCGCCGUCGCCGCACUCGGAGACCUCGAUGCACCACUACCGCAUCCGCAUGGUGCUGCAGUACCUGGGGCGGGUGUUCGUCAAGCAGUCCUACAUCAUGUCCCUGAUCGCCAUGAUGUCCUGGUCCGUCAUCUACCAUUCCUGGAUGACCUUCGUCUUCCUGCUGUGCGCCAUCUUCCUGUGGCUGAUGCCGUCGUCGCGGGAUUUUUGUCUGAAAUUAUCCCCGGUGUAUACGCUGUACGCGGAGAUUCUGCUGAUGGCGCAGUUCGUGUUCAGUCUGGAUAUUUCCAAGGAGAUCAACAGUAUUGAGGCGCGGAGUUACGUGGAUUUCAAGGCUAUUGGGUUUGAUCGCAGUGAUAAUCCCGUGUUCGAUCUGGCCAUAAGGUCCAUGUUCACGUUCUUCUUCUGGACGACGCUCCGCCUGUUUAUGCGCGAACGGCAAGCGGCGCAGUCGGCGUCGGAGGAGAGCGGUUACGGCGUCAACCUGGACGACGUGACGGCGCAGAACGCCAGCAUCGCCUCGCCGGUGUCGGACUACGCGCUGCUGGACCCGGGGACGCACAACUGGCUGCGCCUGAUCGGCCGCAGCAUCCGCAUCCUCAUGAUCAAGUUCUGGAUCGCGCUGUGCUGCGCCAUGCUGCUGCUGAUCAGCAUGCAGGGCAAGGUGGUCAUCUACCGCAUCGUCUACAUGGCCCUUCUCCUCUGCUUCGUCGUCAUGCUGCAGGUGUCGUACACGGUGUGGCGGAAGAUGCUGUACGUGUUCUGGGUGACGGUGAUCUUCUACUCGAUGGUGGUGCUGCUGCUCAUCUACACCUACCAGUUCAAACAUUUCCCGGAAUACUGGCAGAAUUUCACGCGCCUUUCACCGGAAACAUUGGCGGAUUUCGGUCUGGAGAAGUACAACGAGUUCGAUAAGGGCGCGCUGGUGGUGGGCUUACUGACGCCGACAGCCUUCCUCAUCCUGUGCAUUUUACAACUGCACUACUUCCACAAACAUUUUCUCCACAUCACCAGCAAGCAGGACGGCCAGUACAAGCUGCCCUCCUUCCAGAUCGAGAACCAGUCCACCGACAUGGCCAAACCCUCGGGCUUCUUCCUGCGCUGCGUCCAGUUCGUCUACCGCUGGGGCCAUUUACUGCUGGAAUUCUCUUGGCGCCUCCUCGAGAUCCACAUCCUCAAGGUGUGUCUGUUUACCAUCUUUCUGGCGGCGGUGCUGGACGUGUCGGCGAUCAAUCUGAUCUUCAUCCUGCUGGUGGCCAUCUCGCUGAUGGCGUAUAACGGCGUGGCGGUGGUGGCGCAGAGCUCCAGCGGGAUCGCCGCGGUCCUGGUCAUCGUCAAGAUGAUCUACCAGCUGCGCAUGGUCAAAGAGGAGAACUUCUCCGCCAACUGCACCUGGUUGAACGCCUCCAACUUCAACCGCACCGACAACGACUGGGUCGGCUUCCGUAAGGUGCCGGACAUCGCGCACGAACUGCGGGUGUAUAUUUCCGUCAUUUUGAUCGUCACGCUGCGGGCGAUCAUCGUGCAGCGCCAUCGGUAUUUCGCGGAGUCGAUCCCGGUGAACCAGCUGCCGAAACCGGGGAUCGUCUUCCCGGGGGUGGAGCGGAAGGACGCGGACGUGGGUCUCGUGUCGUGCAUCCAGUACCUAUGGAACUACGGCUUCUACCGGUUCGGCCUGGAGAUCUGCUUCGUGACGAUGGUGAUCAAUAUGUGCACCCGGCUGGACGUGUUCGCCGUCAUGUACGGCAUCCUCCUCCUCAUCAUGUUCAUGCUCAGCCGGCGCGCGUUGGCCAAAAUCUGGGGGGUGUACGUCGUCGUCCUCGGGCUGCUGCUGCCGUUGCAGUAUCUGCUGGUGCUGGGUAUUCCGCGCGGAUUGUGCAUCACGUAUCCCUGGGAUCGGCUGGAUGCCACCAAGAUCUUCACGGCGGAAUUAAUCCAGUGGCUGUACCUGCCCGACGCCUUCUUCGCCCCGAAAGCCAGCAUCUUAAUCGGGGAUUUUUUCCAGUUAUUAUUCGCGUGCUGUCAGUGGCGGGUGUUUAAUCUGGAAGCGGUGUACGCCAGUGAGCAGUACGAAGGCGGGAGUAACGAGAAUAUCAUUCGCUCGGGGAAAUACCGGAAGAUCUUCGAAAAUCCCGUGCCGGAUUUUAUGACGUACACGACAUCGUAUCUGGACGUGCUGAAGGUGUUCACGUUCAAUUUCAUGUACUGGGUGACGCUGGCCGUGGUGUUCAUCGCGGGGACCAGCCGGAUUUCCAUGCUGUGUUUUAUGUAUCUGUGCGGGUGCUUCUUCUUCCUCUGGCACGGGAACGAGUUCUUCCGCAAGCCGAUCAAACGGAUUAUGCGCCAGUGGAACAUUUUCCUCACGGGUAACGUCCUGAUCAUCCUGCUCAAAUGCGUCCUACAGGGCGUGGGAUGUGUCCACCUCGCCGGUUUACAGCAAAAGAACUGCUGGGUAAUCCAGUUAUUCGGGAUCGCCUGUCUGCGCUUCGCCGACGGCGGCCCGACGGUCGUUAAGUCCGCCGCCGCCGCCGUCGCGCUGCCCCUGGAGAAAAGCGGCGCGGUGGUCAGCGGUAUUGCCGGGGAUAGCGCGGUGUGCGGCGCCACCACCGGCGACGCCGGCCUGGUCCUGGACGCCGUGGUCUUCGUGUUUUUGCUGCUGCAGAAACGCAUCUUCUCCAGCUGGUACUUCCAGUGGGUGGUGCUGGAGCAUAAAGUGCAGUCGGCGUUGGCCAGUCGCGGUGCGGAACUGAUUAACGGCCAGGUGCAAGAUUACACGAAUAAGCAGAAGGAGGAUGAGUGUAAGGUGAUGGAGAAGAUUCGCCGCAAAGUGGAACGCAUCCGCGAGCGACAGAAACGCUUUAAAGGCACCGUGGAGCCGGCGCUGCCGGUGGUGGUCCCCAUUGAGGUGCUGGGCACGCCCAAGGAUCCCAAUUUCGAGGAGCACUACCAGACGACACGGUCCGGAGAUUACUACAUGUUCGAGGAUUCGGAUUCCGAUGAGGAUGACAUUAAUCUGGCGCCGUCGCGGCCGCCCGAAGAGGAUAACGAUCCCGCCCAACCCACCGGACCCGAUCCCCUGCAGAUGCUGAAUUACGCGGUGAUGAUGGACAACAUCAAGAACGUGGUGCACGAUAUUAAAGUGGUCAGUGAACGCACGGAGUCGGAGCGCGGCAGCGAAUUCGCCAGUCCGCAGCAGCGCAACUCCCUCCUGCAUCUCAAUCAACGCCGCAACACCCUGAGCAGCGAGCGCGCGCGGCUGCCCUCCGUCGGCACGGAGAUGACCGCCGCCCCCACCUCCGCCCCGACCCUCCCCACGGUCCACCUCUCCCCGGUGCACUCGUUAACCAACCUCCACGAGCACGACGACGACUCCCCGCUGGAACCCGGCCGUCUCCCGCGCUCCAUCAGCGACACGGACGCCGUCCUCCUGGCGCACGCGCUGGACGAGAUCCCCGACGCCCCGAGCAACGCCAACAUCUUCGUGGAGCCCGAGGCGCCGAGUAGUGUGUGGGAGAAGGCGUACCACGUGACCAUCUUCGCCAAGAUGUUCAUUACCCGGAGUAUCGAUGAGCUGAAUGUUAGACUGAAUAAGAUUAGCAAGGAUUUCCGGUUUGUGGCGGAUAAGCUGCGGACGGAGAAGCGGCGGAUGAAGAAGUUUUAUGUGCAGAAGGUCCGCGAGUAUUUUGACCGGGUGGCCGGGGUGGCCGCCACGCCCGUGGAUAAUCCCGAGGAGGUGGACGCCGCCAUCGAGACCGUGGAGAAGGUGGCGCUGGGCAAGCCGGGAUUGCGUUCCCAACGAUCGGAGUUGACCUUAGAAUUGCCGGGGCGUAACGAAGAGGAAUUCCACCAGCAGCACAACGUCUUGAUGCGCUUCGUCAUCGCGGCAUACUUCGCGUUGAUGGCGCGCAGCGAGUUAUUAUCCUAUUUCAUGAUCAUCCUCUUGCAAAUGACCUCCGCCACCGUCCUCAGCCUCCCCCUGCCCCUGAUGCUCCUCCUGUGGGGCUCCUUAUCCAUCCCCCGCCCCACGCGGGCCUUCUGGGUGGCCAUCAUCACCUACACCAUGUUCUGCGUCAUCGUCAAGUAUUUCUUCCAGUUCCCGUUUAUCCCGCAGAACUGGCCGCUGUACGGGAAUCCGGACGACCCCCUGUACCCCCCGAAGAUCCUGGGGGUGGAGCGGGCCAGUCACUAUGCCAGCUUUGAUCUGGCGCUGCUGUUGGUGGUGUUUUUUCAUCGGUCGGUGUUGAAGAGUCUGGGAUUGUGGCGGACGGCGCGCGAGGAGAAGGAGCAGGAGAAGAAGGAGGCCGUGGAGGGCGGCGAGGGGCUGGCCAGUACGUCGCAUGCCGCCGAGGUGGUCUUCACGCCGGACGUGGAGGUGAAGGAAAUCCGCAUGAGCGAACCGAGUAAAUCCGAAUUAUCGCAGUUACCCUGGUAUAAACGCUGGUACGCUAAAGGGCAACGCUACAUCCAGUUAGUCAACAACUACACGUCCCGUUUAAACACCAACGUGUACUCGUACCUCUUCCUGUGCGAUUUCACCUGUUUCAUGAUCGUCGUGGCUUGUUACUGGGCCUUCGGACCCGACGCCGGGGGAAAAGACAACAUUAAGGAUUAUUUCGAGGAGAAUCGCGUCCCGACCGCGUUUCUCGUCAUCUUGAUCAUCCAGUUCUGCCUGAUGAUUCUGGACCGGGCGCUGUAUCUGCGGAAGAAUUUAAAGGGGAAAUUGGUGUUCCAGUUGGUGCUGGUGUUGACGGUGCACGGGGCGUUCUUCUUCUAUCUACCGAAGGAAACCGGGAGGAUGUUUAUCCGCAGUUGGCCGUUGCAGAUUUGGUAUUUUGUCAAGUGUGUGUAUUUCUUAUUAUCCGCGUAUCAGAUUCGCUCCGGGUAUCCCACGCGGAUUUUGGGGAAUUUUCUGACGUACCGGUAUACGUAUACCAACCUCUAUCUCUUCAAGGGCUUCAUCAUCAUUCCCUUUUUAAUGGAGCUGCGCUCGCUGAUGGACUGGAUCUGGACGGACACGUCCAUGUCCAUGUCCGAAUGGCUGAAGUUAGAAGAUAUCUACGCGAAUAUCUUCGUCCUGAAAUGCUGGCGCAUGGCGGAGGUGCGCUAUCCCGACCCCCGCGGGACGCGCUACAUGACCUUCUGGAAGUAUCUGAUCGGCGGGAGUAUUCUGCUGCUGAUUAUCCUGGUUAUCUGGUUCCCGCUGGUCUUGUUUUCCCUGACGAACGCGGUGGGAGAAUCCAAUGUCCCACAGGACUGCACCGUGGAGGUCAGCCGGGGACACCAGACGCUGUACCGGGUCACCGCGCGAAAGGAGGCGUUGGUGCCGUACUCGCAGCAGAUGUACGACGAUUUAUUGUGGAAGUUCAGCAAGCCGGACGCGCUGACGGGCGUGCAGGACCAGGCGGAAGUGAAGCAGGCGGCGGGGUUCAUUAAUCAGUACAGCCGGCAGGAUGUGUGGCUGGUCAGUCUGGAGUCGGACUCCUCCACGGUGUGGACCGUCAGUCCGCCCGCCGAGCAGGACAUCAUCACCUACUUGAACAACUCCGCCUCCGAGAACAUCAACAUGACCUUCAAGUGGACCUUCUCCUUUAAGGAGCGGCGCGGGAGGAAUUUCCAGCAGAUGGUCACCGGUAGUAGCGAGUGGAUCAUCGAGCCGGAAGCCCGCUACCUCCUCUCCCAAAUGCUGCUCCGCACGGACCUCACCAAUUCCACGCCGACGCCGCUGUCGGCGCGCGUCAACUUCCUGUAUCCGUCCUUCGUGCGCGUCCCCUCCGUGGGCUGGUCGCGGUUCGUGGGGCCGCUGCAGCCGCGCACGGACCGGGGGCGGGACCAGGCGACGUUCCGCAACGUCAGCAUGCAGUUGAAGCGCGAGAUGUGGCCGCUCGGGGACCACGCCACCCAAGUGCAGUGGUGGAAUAUCCAUGAUCCGGCGGCUAAUGCUAGUCGCGGCGUGGAACCCAGUAAACAGUUUAUCACGUUCACGGCCUUCAUCGACAAGGUCUUCCCGCAGGCCUGGAGCGUUAUCACCGGAUACGGGAUCGUGGGUCUGUACAUUUCCAUGGUGUUCGUCAUCGGGCGACUGGUGCGGCUGUGGAGCAGCGGCAUGUCGUACCGCAUCAUGUUCGAGGAUCUGCCGGAAGUGGACCGCAUUCUCCGGCUGUGUCUGGACAUUUUCCUCGUCCGCGAGAACCGCGAGUACCGUCUCGAGGAGGAUCUGUAUGCCAAAUUGAUAUUCCUGUAUCGCUCACCGGAGACCAUGUUUAAAUGGACGAAAUUAAAGCGGCGCUGAAAACGGGAAUACAUCCGCGUGUGCAUGUAUUGGUUAAUGUGAUUUUCCGAAUAAUUUGGAUUAAUUGGACUGGCCGGGAAAAGCGGCCGCCAGUGAUCUCCCGGGGAUUAAUUCACACUUCUGUCCGUCUUUCCGCACUGUUUCCGCAAUGUUGCCAUUAACUUUGUUGUUGGUGUGCGCGGUGUCGUGGUCCUUUUUUUAUCGUUUUUUAAUCCUUGUUGUCGCCUCGCCGGUGUUGGCAACGCGAGUCUGCCAUGGGAUUUUAGCAGCUUUUCAGACUGAUUUUAUUGUGUCUCUCUUUUUAAUCAUACGGACAUUUGGAAUAAUUAUUAUUGUCAAUUAAUGUAUAAGAAAUAUUUCUGCAUUAAUCCGUGUAAAAUAAACAACGAAAUUUGACCCGAAAAA